UUCCUUGUUUUUUGGGGGUAAUUUUUUUGUCUUUUUUUUUCGUUUUGUUUUGUAUUUCCUCUCUUUCCAUUGUGGGGGAAAAAUUAAAAGUGAAUUAAAAUGUCCACUAGGACCCCCUUGCCAACGGUGAUUGAGCGAGACACUGAAAACCACACAUCUCAUGGAGAUGGACGUCAAGAAGUUACCUCUCGAACUGGGCGCUCUGGAGCUCGCUGUAGAAACUCAGUAGCUUCCUGUGCAGAUGAACAACCCCAUAUUGGAAACUACAGACUCCUGAAAACAAUUGGCAAGGGAAAUUUUGCAAAAGUAAAACUGGCAAGACACAUUCUUACAGGCAGAGAAGUUGCUAUAAAAAUAAUUGAUAAGACUCAGUUGAACCCAACAAGUCUACAGAAGCUCUUCAGAGAAGUAAGAAUAAUGAAGAUUUUAAACCAUCCAAACAUAGUUAAGUUAUUUGAAGUAAUUGAAACUGAAAAAACACUGUACUUAAUCAUGGAGUAUGCAAGUGGAGGUGAAGUGUUUGACUAUUUGGUUGCACAUGGAAGAAUGAAGGAAAAGGAGGCCAGAGCUAAGUUUAGACAGAUAGUAUCAGCAGUACAGUACUGUCACCAAAAGCACAUUGUUCACAGGGAUCUUAAAGCUGAAAAUCUAUUGCUAGAUGCCGAUAUGAACAUUAAAAUAGCAGACUUCGGUUUUAGUAAUGAAUUUACUGUUGGAAAUAAACUGGAUACAUUUUGUGGCAGUCCUCCUUAUGCAGCUCCAGAACUCUUUCAGGGCAAAAAAUAUGAUGGACCUGAAGUGGAUGUUUGGAGUUUAGGUGUUAUUCUUUACACUCUUGUGAGUGGUUCUCUUCCUUUUGAUGGACAAAACCUAAAGGAACUGAGAGAGAGAGUAUUAAGAGGAAAAUACAGAAUCCCUUUCUACAUGUCCACGGAUUGUGAAAAUCUCCUCAAACGUUUCCUGGUGCUAAAUCCAACCAAAAGAGGCACAUUAGAGCAAAUCAUGAAGGACAGGUGGAUCAAUGCAGGGCAUGAGGAAGAUGAACUCAAACCAUUUGUAGAACCAGAACUAGACAUCUCAGACCAGAAAAGAAUAGAUAUAAUGGUUGGAAUGGGAUAUUCACAAGAAGAAAUUCAAGAAUCUCUUAGUAAAAUGAAAUAUGAUGAAAUCACAGCCACAUAUUUGUUGUUGGGCAGAAAAUCUUCAGAGCUGGAUGCUAGUGAUUCAAGUUCCAGCAGCAAUCUUUCACUUGCUAAGGUUAGGCCAAGCAGUGACCUUAAUAAUAGCACUGGACAAUCUCCUCACCACAAAGUCCAAAGAAGCAUUUCUUCAAGCCAGAAGCAAAGACGAUACAGUGAUCAUGGUGAAGGCCUCUCUUAUACAAAAAAGGAUGUAAUUCAGUCAAAUUUCCAAGCUGGACCAUCCAUUCCUCCAGUUGUGGCAUAUCCCAAGAGAAGUCAGACCAGCACAACAGAUAAUGACCUCAAGGAAGAAGGAAUUCAGCCAAGAAAAUCCAGUAGUAGUGCUGUGGGAGGAAAGGGACUAGCACCAGCUAGUCCCAUGUUAGGAAAUGCAAAUAAUCCAAAUAAGGCUGAUAUUCCUGAACGGAAGAAAAGUGCCACUAUUCCUAGCAAUAAUUCAACAUCUGGUGGGAUGACACGGCGAAAUACUUACGUUUGUAGUGAAAGAACUACUGCAGAUAGACAUUCAGUGAUUCAGAAUGGCAAAGAAAACAGCACUGUUCCUGAUCAGAGAACACCAGUUGCUUCAACCCAUAGUAUCAGCAGUGCAACUACUCCUGAUCGAAUUCGCUUCCCAAGAGGAACUGCCAGUCGUAGCACUUUCCAUGGCCAGCCCCGUGAGCGGCGAACAGCAACUUACAAUGGCCCACCAGCAUCACCCAGUUUGUCACAUGAAGCGACUCCACUUUCCCAGACCAGAAGUAGGGGAUCUUCUAAUCUUUUUAGCAAAUUAACAUCAAAACUCACAAGAAGAAACAUGUCAUUCAGGUUUAUCAAAAGGCUCCCAACUGAAUAUGAGAGGAACGGGAGAUAUGAGGGCUCAAGUCGCAACGUGUCAGCCGAGCACAAGGAUGAAAACAAGGAGGCAAAGCCCCGCUCCCUGCGGUUUACCUGGAGCAUGAAAACCACCAGUUCCAUGGAUCCCAAUGACAUGAUGAGGGAAAUUCGAAAAGUCUUGGAUGCCAAUAACUGUGACUAUGAACAGAGAGAGCGAUUCUUGCUCUUUUGUGUCCAUGGAGAUGGGCAUGCAGAAAACCUUGUACAGUGGGAAAUGGAGGUGUGCAAACUGCCAAGACUGUCGCUGAAUGGAGUCCGCUUCAAGCGGAUAUCAGGAACAUCCAUAGCUUUUAAAAACAUUGCUUCCAAAAUUGCCAAUGAGUUAAAGCUGUAACAAAGUAAUUAUGAUGUAAAUUAAGUACCAAUUUCAAGUGUUUUCCUGAACACUGAUGGAAAUGUAUAGAAUAAUAUUUAGGCAAUAACUUCUGCAUCUUCAGAAUCAUGGUAUUAAAAAUAUAUAUAUAUGAAAAUGAGCUGCUCAGCCAGAAGAAAGAGUUGGACUUUUUUUUUCUAAGUGCACUGCAGCAUUAAAGUUGCCUACUCUGUAAAAUAUUUACCCCCCAUCAUUUUAUUUUCAUUGUUCUAAGGUCUCUUAACAGUCUACAGAAUAUAUCCAUUUAAAUAUGCCUCCCAUUUGUGUGGCUGUGAGAGUGUAUAGUAUGUGUGUAUAGUAUAUAAGUUUAAAGUAUUAUAUAUGUAAACAAGUCCUUUCACCAACAUCCCAAGCUGUACCAAUACCUCUUUGGAAGAUCAUUUUGGUGCUAAAAAUGGAUAUAGCCAAGGAGGAAAUUUUCAUUUAAUAUAAAAAUCAACAUAGGAAUAGUUAUAAUUAGUGCGGGUUUACAGUUUGCUACUGUGGGGUUUUCUUUUUUCUUUUAAAAAAAAGUGCAAAGGGUUUGAAUUUACAGUUGUGAACAUUGCGCAUUUGUUGUUUUUUUUUCUUCCCGAGUAGAUCUCAUGAGAUCAUUAAAAAAUCACUUUUCCUCAA